GAAAAGGUAGGCGUAGGAGUACACUUUGUUCCCUGUGUGUUCAUUUAUAAGGGAAAACACACUAAAACUUCACAAAUUGUUUUAAUUUGUCAUCUAAGAAGCAUUUCCAAGCAUACCUUUGGCUCUGUGAUUUUGACCUUUGGACUAGUUUGCAGCGAACGUGCUAAACUCUGACACUCCUUAAGUUACGUGUAAUGUGUCUCACCUAUUCAGUGAGGAUCAACGAGAAUAAAGCACUUUGAAUCCCUCAGUUGGAACUUCACUUGAAUGUGAGCAGCUGUGCGGUCUGUCUUCAACCUGUCCUGCUCUGUUCGAUUCCUGGACUGUUGUCUCAGUGUUCUCUGCAGCAAAGGCAUCAGACUGCUGGCAGAAUGGACUCUCUGAAAGGGGUCUGCUCCCACCGGAGUGUUCCUGUAGAGAUGGACGAGAGCAUGACACCCUCCAGUCUGGACUUGGCCUGGCCCCCCCCUUGCAGACAGUGCAGUGAACAUACAGUGAUCACAAGGUCUCAGAUACAAGCCAGCCACGAGCAGGCGGGGGGGACAGCACACACAGGGGGCCCAUGGAGACUCCCUGAGAAAAAGCUGCAGCAUCAACCCAGAGCAGUGCCCCCUCCAUCACACUCAGGGCAGGUGAAGCCACCCCACCAUGCAGAUGUCUGGCUGCAUGGCCUCAGAGAGCAGUCUCCACUGUAUGGGCGGGACUUGAUGCUUGACCAGGACAGAGGCUUUGUGGGUAAUUCAGACUGGCCACAGCAUUACUCUUUGGAGGAGGAGGAACGCUUGGACCCCCCCCUCACACUCAGGUCUGGAGAUAACUUCACCAACUACGUCCCUUCACUGCACCCUGCAGCGCGGAUGCCUGGCCAAAAUGUAUUCCCGGAGCCUCAUCUCAGACAGUGUGCAUGCUGCCCUCCAGCACCACUGCCCCAUCACAAUAAUCCUCUUUAUAAGUGUGAUUACCCAGCAGAUCUGUGCAGGGAGCCUCAACCCCCCCGACAGUCAUGGAAUCCCCCGCAUAAUAGACUACAACUUAAAGAUGAUCCAAAACCCCCCCAUGGAUCUGUGGCUCAGCGUGCCGCCCCUGCCUGGGAUGUGAUGCGUGAGGUCAGUGUGCAUCGCUCCCUCCAGCAUGAUCCAGGGCCAGACACCCAGGAGAUCAGGAGAACCAUCAGCCUGCCUGAGGAGUGCAGGAAUAUUUUCAUCACAUAUUCAGUAGACACAGCCAGAGAAAUCAUUCCUUUCACCACAUUUCUGACAGACCAGGGCUUCAAACCUGCAAUUGACAUCUUUGACAAUCCCAUCCGAAGAAUGGGCAUCACCAAAUGGAUGGACAGAUUUCUGAAUGACAAAUCAGUGCUCAUCAUCGUGGUCAUCAGUCCCAAGUACAAGGAGGACGUGCAGGGAGAUGGAGACGACGAACACGGCCUGCACACCAAGUACAUCCACAACCAGAUCCAGAAUGAGUUCAUCCAACAAGGCUGCCUGAACUUCAGACUGGUUCCUGUUUUGUUCCCUAAUGCCACAAAGAGACAUGUCCCCAGCUGGUUGCAGAGCACCAGGAUCUACAGCUGGCCUCAGGACACACAGGACCUGCUGCUGCGCCUGCUCAGAGAGGAGCGCUACAUCAUCCCACAGCGGGGGGCUGACCUCACCCUCACCGUUCGGCCCCUCUGAGAAAAACUGACAAUGACAAGCACAUGUGGAAAAUAAGCAAUUUAAAAGAAAUGGUGACUUUUGGCAAAGCCACAUUUUGUUUAAUUUGCCUCCACGAGGACUGCAAGCUCCUUUCGUUUUUCAGAUACAGCUUUACUCUUUAUAUUGAUCUACAAUUCAUUACACAAUAUUACAAUUCCACUCCAUUCUCUGAAUACCACUCGAUGUUCUUCUCUGGUGAUAGAAGUUGAAAUUAUAAAAAUAAUACAAAAAACUA